AAACAUAUUCAUCUCAUCUCACUCUCACUUAAUACAUAUUCUCAUAUCCUCACAUCUCUACUCUUUACACAUCAAAUUUCAUGGCAAAUCUAAAGACACCCCUUGUCCUUGAAAUGAAGGAUGUUGUGAUAGUUAAACCCUCCAAGCCCACACCAUCUUUAGUUCUUUCACUGUCCACCAUUGACAGUGAUCCAGUUCUCAACAUUCUGUGUCAUACCAUUUAUGUAUACCAAGCAAAUCAUGAUUCUCCGAAUGGCCAACUAGACCCUUCUCAUGUGAUAAAAGAAGCCCUCUCAAAGGCUUUGGUUUACUAUUACCCUCUUGCAGGGAAGAUAGUAACAUUGGUGGAUGAUGGAAAACUUGGAAUCAACUGCAAUGCUGAUGGAGUUCCAUUCUUGGAGGCAACUGCUAACUGUGAACUCUCUUCUCUUCACUAUCUUGAAGGGAUUGAUGUUCCAACGGCACAGAAAUUAGUGUUUGAUCAUAACCCUUCUCAAGAUGAGACUAGUCACCACCCGUUGGCUUUCAAGGUGACCAAGUUUCUCUGUGGGGGUUUCACCAUUGGAAUGGGCUUAUCACACAGUGUUUGUGAUGGGUUUGGUGCAUCUCAAUUCUUCAGAGCCUUGGCUGAACUUGCAUGUGGGAAAAGUGAGCCCUCGGUGAAACCUGUGUGGGAAAGAGAAAGGCUAAUGGGGACACUUCUCAAAGAGCCACUCGAAUUUCCCAUAGAUGAGACUUCAAGGGCUUUUUCACCAUUUUGGCCAACUAAGGAGAUUUCACAUGAAUGCUUUAACUUGAACGGUAAGAGCAUACAGAGACUCAAGAUGGAACUGAUGAAGGAAAGUGAUGAUGUGAAGGAAAGCUUCACAACUGUUGAAGCACUUGGUGCCUAUGUUUGGAGGUCUAGGGCAAGAGCUUUGGAAUUGAACUCUGAUGGGAAAACUUUAUUGUGUUUAACAGUAGGGGUGAGACGCAUAUUGGAUCCACCUUUGCCUGAAGGGUAUUAUGGUAAUGCUUUUGUGGGUUCAGCUGUGGUGCAAACAAUGAAAGAACUUGAUGAAAGACCACUCUCGGAGGUUGUGAAGCUCAUUAAAGAGAGCAAAAAGCUUCCUUCUAAUGAGUACAUCAGAAACUCAAUAAACAUGUUGGAGACAAUGAGAGAAAGGAACAUUAGGAUUGAAGGAACAUGUGCCUCUGUGGUGUUAACAGAUUGGAGGCAGCUGAGUUUGUUGGAAGAAGUGGAUUUUGGAUGGAAGCGUUCUGUGAAUAUAGUACCAGUUCCAUGGAACAUGUUUGGCUAUGUGGACUUGUGCCUUUUCUUGCCUCCUAGUAACUUGGAUUCUUCAAUGAAAGGAGGAGUUAGGGUCUUUGUUUCCCUCCCCAAAGCUUCGAUGCCCAAGUUCAAGGAGGAGAUGGAGGCCCUCAAGCUUAUGAGUGGUGAUGAAAGUAGCAUCUAGCAAUGAGUAAAUGCCAGAUUAAAUGUAAAAUUGACUUCUUUUUAACUAGCCCUUUUCUUUUUUAUCUUCCAACUCCAAGAUUAAUGUUCUUGUAUUCAGCUAAUUACCCUUUUUUUUCAAGUAAAAUGAACCAUCCUACAUUCAUCAAGCUUAAGAUAUAUUAUGUGAAUAGUUUUAUACUUCAUAGAA